GGGCGGGGGCUCCCGGUAUUUUUAUCCGCGCGCGGCCGUUGCCGGGGAACGGGGCGGGGGGGGGCCCGGAGCGCGGAGCGAGCGGGGCUGCGGCAGCGCCGCCGCCGAUGGCUCAGGACAACGCCGCCUUCUGCGGGGUCCCCGAGGGGGUCCCCGCGGGGGUCCCCGCCGAGGCCAAGCCCCCUCCGCCGCCCCCCCAAGCCCCCAAGCGCCGCCCGUGGGGGGCCGGGGGGGCCGCGGCGGCGCGGAAGCGCCAGCGCUACGUGGAGAAGGACGGCAAGUGCAACGUGCAGCACGGCAACGUGCGCGAGACCUACCGCUACCUGACCGACAUCUUCACCACCCUGGUGGACCUCAAGUGGCGCUUCAGCCUCCUCAUCUUCAUCCUGGCCUACGCCCUCACCUGGCUCUUCUUCGGCCUCAUCUGGUGGGUCAUCGCCUACAGCCGCGGCGACCUGGAGCACCUGGGCGACCACACCUGGACGCCGUGCGUCAACAACCUCAACGGCUUCGUGUCCGCUUUCCUGUUCUCCAUCGAGACCGAGACCACCAUCGGCUACGGCCACCGCGUCAUCACGGACACGUGCCCCGAGGGCAUCGUGCUGCUGCUGCUGCAGGCCAUCCUGGGCUCCAUGGUCAACGCCUUCAUGGUGGGCUGCAUGUUCGUCAAGAUCUCGCAGCCCAACAAGCGCGCCGAGACCUUGGUGUUCUCCUCGCACGCCGUGGUGUCGCUGCGCGAAGACCGCCUGUGCCUGAUGUUCCGCGUGGGCGACCUGCGCGACUCGCACAUCGUGGAGGCCUCCAUCCGCGCCAAGCUCAUCCAGUCCAAGCAGACGCAGGAGGGCGAGUUCAUCCCGCUCGACCAGACCGACCUGAGCGUGGGCUUCGAGACCGGCGACGACCGCCUCUUCCUGGUGUCGCCGCUCAUCAUCAGCCACGAGAUCGACGAGCGCAGCCCCUUCUGGGACGUGUCGCGGGGGCAGCUGGAGAGGGACGACUUCGAGAUCGUCGUCAUCCUUGAGGGCAUGGUGGAGGCCACAGGGACGCCUGGGUGGCACAGGAACACAGUGUCUUUUUGUGGAUAUAUCCAUGGGGAUGUCAUCUCCGUGGGACACAUCGUCUUUGUGGGGACGUAUUUUCUUCGUGGGACACAUCUGUGGGGACACCUCCAUGAGGACACAUCAUUUCCAUGGGGACAUCUCAUCUUGAUGGGGACGCGUCCUUGAGGACACAUCAUCUCUGUGGGACACAUCCAUGGGGGACACGUCCAUGAGGACACAUCAUCUCCAUGAGGACACAUCAUCUUCCUGGGGACAUCUCAUCUCUGUGAGGACAUCACCUCCAUGUGGAUCCAUGACCUCCAUGGGGACACUUCAUCUCUGUGUGGAUGUCAUGUCCUUGGGGGACAUCUCGUCUCCAUAGGGACAUCUCCAUGAGGACACAUCAUCUUCUUGGGGACAUCUCAUCUCCAUGGGGACAUCAUCUUCUUGGGACCCAUCACCUCCAUGAGGACAAACAACAUCCAUGGGGACACAUCAUGUCCAUGGGGACACUUUGUCUCUGUGGUGACAUCUCAUCUCCAUGGGGAUCCAUCCUGUCUGUGGGGACACCUCCAUGGGGACACCUCAUCUCCAUGGGGGACAUCUCUGCUGGGGACUUCACAGCCCCCUCUACCAGAUUUGGGGUCCCCCAAAAUAAGGACACAGCACAGGACCCCCCCCAGGUGGGUUUGGGGUGUCCCAUGUUCUGGGGCUUCAGAUCUUGAGGUGCCCCAAGCCCUGGGGGUUUCACAGACCCCUCCUACCAGAAUUGGGGUUUCCUGUGUCCUGGAUUCAGAUAUUGGGGUCCCCCGUGCCCAGAGUGAUUCAGGUACUGGGGUCCCCGUGCCCAGAGUGACUCAGGUAUCGGGGUGCCCCAAAUUCUGGGGGUUUCACAGAUCCCUCCUUCCAGAAUUGAGGUUUCCUGUGUUCUGGAUUCUUCAGGAAUUGGGGUCCCCAUGCCCAG